ACAAACACUUUUUGCGAAACUUUUCGAAAUAUAUGGCAAUGGGUAGAAGACGAGGCUUCUAUUUUGUUAUCAAGGAGUUUAAGUGAUGACGUAAAGGAAAAUAUCUUACAAAUUUUGAAUACGGUUUUCGAAAAUAGUUUCAAAUACGAAACUUUGCUUCCGAAAUUGCACAAGGACUUGAGAAAAAUCACAGUUGAUGUUUGCUUGCUUACUUCAAACAUUCGAUUGAGAAAGGAUUGUUUCAAAUUGUUGGAACUCAUUCUAUUGGAAUUUUUUGAUAAAAACAAGAUACUAAUUUGGAAACCAAAUGAGAUUUUUAACCAACUUAUCGCACUUCCGGAAAAUGUCGAAAACUGGGCCACAUCUAAAAACGAUGUUUUUUUCUGUAUUUGUCACCUAUGCCUUUGCUGCAGCACGCAAAUAUUGUGGGAAGUGAGACAUGUCCUGGAAGGCAUAGGAAAUUUUUUCUACACUCAACGCCAAACUGAAAAACCACAUGUUCUAAAAUCGAUUUAUUAUCUUUUUCCCAAGCUUACGCACCCCAAAAGUGAUGAUUUGAGCAUAAACAUGUUAGGCGACGACCUCCUCCAUUAUUUCACAAAAUUGAGUUCAAUCUCGUAUUUGUAUUCGCACAGUCAGUGUCAGCUGACAUGGAUGCUUGAGAAAGCCCCCAAGUGUAUUAAACUGAUGGUUCUGGGUCAGUGGUUGCAAACAAUCCAAGACGAUCAAACUUACGAAGAAAUCCUCCUAAAUACCAUCAAAACCACCAAGACUGAAUCACUUCUUCUCGAAAUUAUUUUGCACAAGAAUUUUAGAAAGCAAUUUGGUUCAAGAUCAGCUUUGCUUUUACAUAAACUUCAGAAUGACGAAGUGCGCGAACUUGCAGCAUGUCUCCUGCCGUUAACUCAAGAUAAACCCGCGAUUUUCCGCAACUUGAUUAUUGCAGAGCCCGGAAUACCUUUGGAUUCCAGCGAUUCUAUUUUGCUUUGUUCUAUUAUGGGGGCUGUAAUGCCCACUCUUAACGAUUCUCGAGUCCUGAAAGGGGCUUGUGUCUUCAGUAGCAAACUUUUAGCGAGUUGUAAAGACAACCCAGAGUCGGUUAAGGCGUUUUGUAAAAAUGUGGCCAAUAUUCGGCAUCUUGUUCGCAUAAUAGAUAAGCUUAAUGACGAAACGUCCAUCGAAGUUAUUAGCCUGCUUAAAGUUAUAAUCCUGGUCCAACAAAAAAACAGAGUUAAAUUUGAAAAUAAGGUGACCGAAGAUUUCAAAAUAUUUAUUAAAGGUUCCUCUGAGAAAGUUGAAAAGGGCCUAAGACUUGUUUAUCACUCACUGAUGUAUAAAAACUCUUUGAUAGAACAAGAUGCGCAAAGUAUUUUGGGACUUUACCACAGCGUAUUAAACGUUGGAUUAAUUUCUGAAUUUCAAACAAAGGCUUAUGAAUGUGUGGCAUUAUUGUAUAAACGAAAACCUAUGUUAGCCCAAACAGUUAGCAGUUCUAUUCACAUAGAAAUGGCAUGUUCAACUCCAAGUGAAAAUAGUAGUGAAUUAUUGCGAUUAUUACAUGUUUGGCUGGCUGUUAUAAGAUCUGAUCCACACAAUGGUUUUUGUUCUAUACCAGAAACCGCCAUCAAAAAUUUUAUAAUGAGGACAUGUCUUCAUCAAGACGUUGCUAAGAAAUAUCUACAAACCCUAGAAUAUUUAAUGAAAAGAGAAUAUCAAGAUUAAUGUAUUUUGCUCAUUUAAUACGUAACAGUUUUAUGAUUUUAAGGAUUAAAUGUCUAUUUAAGUUCUUGUGUUAAUUUCGAUUUUUUGUGA